UCAGUCAUGUGAUCAGCUGUGUCUAAUCACAGCUGAUCACAGCUACACAGAUCAUCAGAGCACUGAUGAUCAGUGUGCCCUGAUGAUCAGUGUAGCCCCAGCCGUGCCACCUGUCAGUGUCCAUCAGUGCCUUAUGCCAGUGCUCAUCAGUACCACAUCAGUGCCACAUAUCAGUGCCUAUCAGUGCACAUCAACGCCACAUAGUGCCCAUCUGAGCUGCCUUUCAGUGUCACCCAUCAGUGCCAGUCAGUGCCACCUAUCAAUGCCAAUCAGUGCCACCUUUUAG